AUGACUACCAAGGAUACAGAUAUCAAAUUCCAGGACGCAUGUUCUGACGACGAUGUGCAAAUGGGUGGCUUAGCAAUUGACCCCGUCCGGGAGAAAAGGUUGCUGUGGAAACUUGACCUCUGCAUUUGCCCAUUGGUGAUGCUUAUCUUCUUGGUCGCGUAUCUUGAUCGAAGCAACCUGGGGAAUGCAGCUGUCGCCGGAAUGCCGGAAGAUAUUGGCCUCGUUGGGAACGAACUGGGGAAUGCUGUUUCGUUGUUCUACGCAACCUACGUCUUCUUUGAGAUUCCAUUCUCUAUGCUCCUCAAGAAGCUACGCCCAAACAGACUGAUCGCCGCAUUGAUUAUCGGCUUCAGCGCAUCGAUACUGGGCGCUGGAUUUAUCAAGAAUGUUGCGGGGCUCUAUGUCACCCGCCUUCUCCUCGGUGUCUUUGAGAGUGGCCUAUUCCCGUGCCUGACUGUCCUCUUGACGACCUUUUACAAGCGCGAGGAACAAGCACAGAGAAUCUCGUACCUUUUUGUAUCUGCCGCUCUCAGCGGAGGCUUCGGUGGACUUCUAGCUUUCGGACUGAUCCGCCUGGAUGGCGCAGCUGGCCUCGAAGGUUGGAGAUGGCUCUUCAUCAUAGAAGGCCUCAUGAGCGCCGUCAUCGGUAUCGCCACAUUCUUCCUCCUGCCAAACAACUACGAAACAGCCUACUUCUUGAACGAAGAAGAUAAGGCAUUGAUGCGUAUCCGUAUGCAGCAAUCAGCGCGCUACGCCGAUACCGAAGAAUUCAACAUCAAGGAAGUGUGGAAGACGCUCAGAGACCCCAAGAGCUGGCUCACUUCGUUCAACCAAAUCUGCGUCAAUAUCUGUUCUUUCGGAUUCAGUACCUUCCUACCCACCAUCAUCAAAGGAUUCGGGUAUGAUUCGGUCAAAACGCAGCUAUUAACUGUCCCGGUCUAUAUUUGGGCUUCUGCGUUCUACCUGGUCGUUGCCAAUUUAUCUGAUCGAGUGCGCAUGCGGGCUGUCUUCAUGGUUCCGCUGUGUCUGGUGACGGCUGUUGGGUACGCUAUGUUAUUAGGGGUGGAUGUCCAUGCACGAGGUGCAUUAUACUUUGCAACAUACGUUUGUGUCACUGGAAUCUACGCAGUAGUCGGACUCGGAGUCAGUUGGAACGCCAAUAGCCAUUCUGGCUACUACAAGCGUGCCAUGGGAGUCGGUCUCCAGCAGUCUAUCGGAAACUGUGCCGGGUUGAUUGCUGGUCAAAUCUAUAAGUCACCUGUGAAUGGAAGAUAUCUGGUUGGUCAUUCGGUUUCACUCGCUGCUAUAUGCUUGGCAUGCAUUGGAAAUGCUAGCAUGUGGGUUUUGCUACGAUGGCACAAUACACAGCGAGCCCAGCUGUCGCCGGAAGAACGGGAGCGCAUCAUCAGCUCGGGGUCAUAUGAGAAGAAAGGCGGAGAUUUCCAUCCGGACUUCCGCUAUAUCUUAUAA